UCUCGAAUUAACACAAGUACAUCUUCUCCAAAGGCUAAAAUUCAAACACAAAGAUCUCUUGAGCAGUUGAGCUACAAUUCAAAACCUUAACUUUGUGUUACUUCAAAAUUCACAGUCGAGUACUCGACUCUGCUUCGUAGUUAGUCUCUGUCUCUUCGUGGAGAGGAAAUUAACUUCUGUCGCAAACUGCAAAGUAGCGUUUGCAUACGGAGUUUUGGUGAAUGAAUUCCAGAUGGAUGAUUCAGAAACUGACCUCUCACCUUCCUUCUUUCUUGUCUACCGUUUUGUGCCCUUCGAAAAUCUUAAUCCGGCAGAGCCCAAAUUGCCAAGUCUCGACUUUUCUCCUCAACCAUGUCGAUAUUAGUCGUCUGUUAUCCAUCUGCGGGAAAGAAGGCUGCUUUCCUCAUCUGGGUCCUUGUAUCCACGCCUCCAUCGUCAAGAAUCCUGAGUUUUUCGAGCCCGUAGAUGCUGAUAUCCAUCGAAACGCUCUAGUUGUUUGGAACUCUUUGCUCGCUUUGUAUGUCAGACGUGGAAAGUUAGUUGAUGCGCUCAAGUUGUUCGACGAAAUGCCCAUAAUAGAUAAUAUUUCGCAGAAUACAGUUUUUAGUGGGUUUCUGAGGAACAGAGAUAUCGCGUCUGGGUUUGUACUUCUUAAACGAAUGCUUAGGUCGGGUGGGUUUGAUCAAGCAACCUUGACGAUUGUUUUAUCAGUCUGUGAUUUACCAGAAUUCUGUUUGGUGACCAAGAUGAUUCACGCUUUGGCUAUUUUAAGCGGUUAUGACAAGGAAAUUUCCGUGGGGAACACAUUGAUCACAUCCUACUUCAAAUGUGGAUGUUCGGUUUCUGGGAGACAGGUUUUUGAUGAGAUGGUACAAAGGAAUGUCAUCACUUGGACGGCUGUGAUCUCGGGUCUCAUACAGAAUGAGUUACAUGAAGAUAGUCUAAGAUUGUUUAGUUUGAUGCGUAGAGGAUUGAUUCAUCCAAACUCAGUAACUUUUUUGAGUGCUCUAUCUGCUUGUUCAAGUUCACAGAGGAUAAUGGAAGGGCAACAGAUUCAUGCUCUUUUGUGGAAACUUGGGAUUGGAUCAGAGUUGUGCAUUGAGAGUGAGCUAAUGGAUAUGUACUCUAAAUCUGGAAUCAUUGAAGAUGCGUGGAAGAUUUUUAAGUCCACAGAAGAAAUUGAUGAAGUUUCAAUGACUGUCAUGUUGGUUGGUUUAGCACAAAAUGGGUUAGAGGAAGAAGCCAUACAUUUCUUCACUAGAAUGCUUCAAGCUGGUGUAGAGAUUGAUGCAAAUGUAGUCUCAGCUGUUCUUGGCGUUUCGUUUGUCGAUAAUUCUUUGGGUCUAGGCAAGCAGCUGCAUUCUUUGGUUAUCAAACGAAGAUUCUCCGAUAACACCUUUGUUAAUAAUGGACUCAUUAACAUGUACUCGAAAUGCGGAGAUCUGACUGAUUCACUCAGCGUCUUUAGAAGAAUGUCAAAAAGGAACUACGUUUCAUGGAACUCGAUGAUUGCAUCAUUUGCCCGCCAUGGUCACGGGUUAGCUGCCUUGAAACUAUACGAAGAAAUGAUGAUGCAAGACGUGAAGCCCACAGAUGUUACCUUUUUGUCACUACUUCAUGCUUGUAGUCAUGUAGGGUUGAUCAAUAAAGGCCAAGAACUCUUGAAGACAAUGCAAGAUGCCCAUGGAAUCGAGCCCAGGACAGAGCAUUAUGCCUGUAUCGUUGACAUGUUCGGUCGAGCUGGUUGUCUAAAAGAAGCAAAGAGCUUUAUAGAAUCAUUGCCUAUGAAACCUGACCGUCUGAUUUGGCAGGCAUUGCUUGGUGCCUGUAGUUUCCAUGGUGACACGGAAAUAGGAAAAUAUGCAGCUGAACAGUUGUUUGAGACAGCACCGAAUAGCCCAGCCGCUCAUAUUUUGAUGGCCAACAUAUACUCAUCAAGAGGAAAGUGGAAGGAGAGGGCAAAGACGAUCAAGAGAAUGAAAGCAAUGGGAGUGACUAAAGAAACAGGCGUAAGUUGGAUUGAAAUCGAGAAUAAUAUACACAGCUUCGUUGUUGAAGACAAAUUGCAUCCACAAGCAGAGGCUAUAUACGAUGUUCUGUCUGAAUUGUUUCCUGUUGUGGUAGAUGAAGGUUACAGACCUGAUAAGAGGUCUAUUCUACAUUAUACAGAGGAAGCCAAAAUGGAUACAGCUAUUAGAGCUCCUUAAUACCUUCUCUCUACAUGAAUACAUAACUCAAGAAUCCAAAAAUUCCAUCGAGUCUGUGACGGUUGAUUUCGGUAGUUGAAGACUCUCUAGCUGAGACAGAAGCUUUAUGUCUUCUCUCUUUUCCUUAAUAUUUUGACAAUUGUCUGGUCAUCAGUUAACGCCUCAAAAGGACAAACUUCGAGGAAGAGAGAAGUUAAUAGAUACAAUGGAAUGUCUUCGCGUAUUUGCUUCGAUACCUAAAAUCUCUUUCUUCUCCGAUUCAAGAAACGUUCCAGCUCCCACGCGAUUCAUCCCCAGUUGCAGAGAGAGAAGUAGAGAAGAUUCACUCUCCAGCUCUUCACCGUACUCUGUACUCGGCGUAGAUCCAAGCUGCUCAUCUUCCGAGCUUAAGGCAGCUUUUCGUGCCAAAGUGAAACAAUAUCAUCCAGAUGUUAACAGAGAGGGAGGCAAUUCUGAUAUUAUGAUCCGUCGCAUAAUCCAGGCAUAUGAGAGAAUGCUUAGACCCUUUUGACCAUCCAGAGUGCGAGGCACUUGAUGUGUUUGUGAAUGAGGUCC